AUGUCGGACCCUAGACUCAUUGAUAUGGAACCCGGUGGGGAGAGCACACAAUACGAGUCCAUUCGAGAAUUUACAAUCACCCCUGCGAAACAGACUGGCCAACUAGGUGUUGGUGAACCUCAUACCAAAAGCGAGCUUUACACCGGAACCCAGCCUGUGCAAGAGGGUACCGCGAGUCGAGACGAAUAUAUCAUGGCACAGAAGCUUGGCAUGGGACAGGUUGAUGAGAACAAAGAUCUGGAUUUCGAGACCAAGGGCGAUGCGGCAGCCGCCAAGGCCAGGAGACAGCAAGGGUAUGGGCCCGGCUCCAAUGUUGGGGCUUAG